AUGAACGAGUCCCUCAACCAACCCACCAACCCACCAACUCGCCAGUCCUCGAGCGGCUUCUCUUCUUCCUUCUUCCCACCGGACGCACCGACUUGCGAGUCCCCGACCGAUUUCUCUUCUCCCUUCUUCCCAACAGCCGCACCAACUCACCCGCCCCAAAACGAUUUCUCAUCUCCUUCCUUCCCACGACUCGCACCCGCACCGCCACCACCUCGACCGCCCACCUCUACCCCCGCCCAAAUUGCCAAACUCCAAUCCAACCUCCUCGGCUACGUCCUGCGCUCAAACCCCCAGCUCCUCCCCGCCGCCGACCCCACCACCAUACGCCUAACCAGCAAACGCAUCGACGAAAUCACACACGCCAUGUGGAACGAGGCCCUCAGCCACGGCGACCUCCUGCAGCGCGCAUGCCAGUACGGCGCCAUGUACUCAUCCUUGCGGCUUGCGGCGCUGGCGAAGCUGAAUUUUCUGCCGAGUUGGUGGUUUUAUCGUGAUUUGGCAAUAAAAGAGCUGAAGGAGAGGGGGUGGGAGGUUGACGAUAGGGAUAUGGAGGGGACGUGGGAGGAGGCUGUGCAGUGGUGUGUGCAGGUUCAUGGGAGGAAGAGUUCAGGGAAUUAG